CUGUCACUUUCACUUCCGUUUGUGUCGAGUCGCUUGCGUUUUUUCGUGUGGGAAAGCCUGAAAAAGAGAGAGUACGGCAGCGACUUAAUUGUAAAUUUGCCACAAAUAUCCUUCACUGAACGCACCUGCUCCAGAUACGUAAGGAACCGUUAUCAUGGUGGGAUCUCGAGUGUAUGUGGGCGGUCUGCCCUACGGAGUGCGCGAGCGCGAUUUGGAGCGCUUUUUCAAAGGCUACGGCCGCACACGCGACAUCCUCAUCAAAAAUGGCUACGGCUUUGUGGAAUUCGAAGACUAUCGUGAUGCCGACGAUGCCGUCUAUGAACUGAAUGGCAAAGAGCUGCUUGGCGAACGUGUGGUUGUUGAACCCGCCAGGGGUACCGCUCGUGGCAGCAACCGCGACCGCUACGACGAUCGAUAUGGUGGUCGGCGGGGGGGCGGGGGCGGUCGUUACAACGAAAAAUCAUCCUCUCGUUAUGGCCCACCGUUGCGCACUGAGUACCGACUGAUUGUGGAGAAUUUGUCUAGCCGCGUUAGCUGGCAGGUAAGUGAGCAUGGAUCGAUGUAUCGCGCCUUGGGCGUGGUAUAUACUGUAGCUUAGAUUCGAGGAGUGUAGUACUAGAAUUAAAACGGCUAACCGACUGAAAUGGAUCACUAUUACAAACACCCAUUAAUCAACUUACCCAUCCCAGAACCAACCUUUUCGAGCCCCUUUUUGAUUUCGAAUUACUUUCCGGUGUCUUCGUCCUGUUUUGUGUUUUAACUCCUCCUCCACUCUGACUAGAGCCAAUUCUAUAAUCUGUAAUCUAGCCCUAAGCUGUACAGUUGACCUAGACUUAAGUGAAACACGAAAACAAAAGAUAUUGCUAAAACCCUGGUACUGAUCGGUGUAAUCUACCCACCAUUACUUUCUCUUGCACACACCAACCGAAACCGAUAAUAAAAAGAGUUUGAUGUGCUUUGACUGAGAGAUUCCCUCCUCGGCUUGGGGCCGAAUCUAAAACUGAAAGAGAAUCAAAUCUAAUUGAAUCGCUGUGAGAAAGACAAGCUAGUCUAGUGACCGACCGACCGGUUCAGAAUGUUACCCAAAAACCAAGAUGCGGUGGAAGACAGAGUGAGACAGUACCCAGAGCCGCCCCAGAUUGGUUUCGAUAUGCGAACUACGAUCUGCAACCUACGACCGACCUCCACGAAGCGCCAUCGCCGCCGCCUCAUCCAUUCGUCGUCUAUUCCAAAUAAAACAUAAUAUAGAACACAUAACGAAAUGAACAAGUCGAUCAGAAUCGAACCCAAAACUGAAUGCAAAAUCGAAAUCAGAAAGCAGACGAUGACGAUGGACGUUGAUGAGCUGCCCGGGUCAAAAGGCCAGCCCACGUAUUAAAGCCCACACUGAUUGAAAAGACGUGGGCUGGCCUCUUGCGUUAGGUAUUUAACUCUCUGCUAAAAACAUUCACAAUUUUAAUUACCAACAAUAUUAUAUAAAGAAUUGUCAAAUUCCUUAUAGCCAUUGUGAGUGUGAUGAGGGUGCGAAUCGAAUCAAUCGAGUGUGGUUAGAUGAGAAGCUUGCGUUCGCUAAUUCUAAGAUGAUGUGAUGGUCUUGGCGACGAUGAGGGAUGAGCAUAUGACGAUGAUCGAUCGAUGACGAUGACACGAUGCUGCGAUGCUGGUCGCGCGUUCAGUUACCAACUUCGGCUAGUGCCUCCGAACUUAUUCCUUCCCCCCAUUCCCGGUUCUUCUGGCUUCCGGCUGCGGCUCUGGCUUAUGGCUGCGGCUCCGGCAAACGGCAUACGGCUACCUGCCCCGUCUCCGGCUGAGACUACCGACUAGACAACCACCAACCCAACCCGUUGGAGAAGCGAGAGCAGCGUCCCGAAACGUAUUUCUUAUUUUUGCAGUUCGUUUGUGCGUGAGGUGCCGAUGCCGCUGGUUGUUGUCCGCCUCUGACCGGCAAACUGCUCCAAAUGCUCCAUUCUCUGGCUCUCUGGUGCGGUGGUUCUGGCCAGCGAUGUCUGCUCUGAUCUGAUCUGACCUCCUCCUGACUGUAUCCGGUGUGUGGCUUCCUCCGAAACGAAACGAAAACAGCUACCGCAACACUUGAAUACCUUUUUGCCAUUUAUAAUAUGAUUCUGUUGUACAUGAAAAACAUAACAAAACUGUGUACUUGGUGGUACGUACGUGGCCAAAUGAAAACGAAUACCAAAUCCAAACAAACAAAACGUAACGAGCUCUGGCCAUCCAUCCGCUCAUCCGCCUGCCUGGCCACUGGUUCUCUUCUGGCUGACUGGUUGAGUUAACGAUGUUCGAUCGGACUUUCGAUGAGGUCAUGAGGUGUCCUUGGUGUCAUUGGCCCACAGUUACUAGGCAGACAAUCUAAACUCUCGGUGUAGAAACGAUGUGUGUGUCCUCCUCUCUCUGAAAGCGCAUUAAGUAAGAAUUCAAUUACAACUAUUUUGUUAACUUUAAUUUAUUUCCAAACCAAAUCAACUCAAUCUAUAUAUAUAUAUAUAUAUCUACUAUCAAUUGCCAACCACUGUUAACUAUGAUUGUUUACGCUUAAGUUUUGUGCCGCGUGCAGCGUGGAGUGUUUGAAUGUUGUGUUCGGUACGUUCUGGGCACCUCCUCCUUCUUUUUUCCUGGCCAAGCGAAAUCCUUCGUCCGGAGUGAGGUUCUCGGUUUCCACACGUAGGCAGGCGCGACAAGAGCACAGGAUAGACGAACACAGGGCACUGAGUGAGAGAGAGAGAGGGACUUGUGAGAGGCUGGGACUUGGUUAGGAGCCCCAAAUAAUACCGAAAACAUUCAAAAUGCUCCAUCUGCUGCACGGGCUGUCCUUUGAGUUGCAACCACUGCCGUCGGAUGUGCGAUGUCGAAAUGUGCGAGACAUCUGCCAAAGCUGAAACUUACUAAUUACUAUCUUUUCGUUCCGACUUUGUGCGUCCCUGCAGGAUCUCAAGGAUUACAUGCGCCAGGCUGGCGAGGUCACCUAUGCCGAUGCCCACAAGCAGCGUCGCAAUGAGGGCGUGGUUGAGUUCGCCUCGUUGUCGGACAUGAAGACGGCCAUUGAGAAGUUGGAUGACACCGAGCUAAACGGCAGGCGGAUCCACUUGGUCGAGGAUCGUCGCGGAGGACGCAGCGGUGGUGGCGGCGGCAGCGGACGUGGACGCUCCCGUUCGUCCAGCUCCCGAUCGCGCUCCCGAUCCCGCAGGCGUUCUCGCUCUCGCCGCUCGUCGCACUCGCGCUCCAAGUCUCGCAGCCGCUCCAAAUCUCGUGGCGGACGCUCCAAGUCCAAGUCGCCAGUCAAGUCUCGUUCUCGCUCCCGCUCGCGAUCCAACAAAUCGCGUGACGUGUCCAAGUCCAAGUCAAAGUCCCACUCCCGCACCCGCUCCCGUUCGCCCAAACGUGAGCGUGACUCCCGUUCCCGAUCGCGGUCCGUCUCGAAGCGCGAGUCCCGUUCCCGCUCACGUUCCAAGUCCAUCCACCGCGACUCCCGUUCACGCGAUCGAUCCGCAUCGGCUGAAAACAAGUCGCGUUCGCGCUCACGCUCCCGUUCGGCCUCGCCCAAAAAUGGAAACGCCUCACCGGACCGCAAUAACGAGAGCAUGGACGAUUAGAUUAGUUAGCUGUCCCAUUAAUAUUAAAACACUUGAUUUUAGACUUCUACUAUAACUAUUCUACAAACAUCAACACUCAGACACCCCGACUACAACCAAAACUUAAUGAAUAUGAAAUCAUACCAAUCCACCACUGUCGGGCCUCGUCAUUUUCUUUUAAAUAUAUAACGACAAUUUGUCCUAAGUCUUGUUGUGGACAUGGGACAUUGGCUGGAAGAUGACAGGGAUCGGCUGAAUGUGCCGAUUUGGAUUCAAGGAGUACAUAUAGGCCACGAAAUUACUGCGACUUGUACACCGGAACACUUAAAAUUGUCUAUACAAUGAGUAAUUUCAAUAAAUACGGAUAAAUUUAAACUAU